GUGUUUCGCCGUAUCGACCAUAUCGGCGCCCCGGUCGGCCAGACGUAUUUGUUUACAAAUGGCGAAUAAAGUAGCGGCUCGUUUGAACCUUAUUUUUUUAUAGUGUACACCCCUCUUUCGUGCGAUUAUUGCGUAUAGCUGCUGAGUCGCAUGUCCGCCGUGACGAACUGCUUGAGCUCAAUAAAUUAUUAUUUUUCGUGACCUCUGGUUAUGGAUGUGAAUCGACGCCGUUACAGAGAAGCGUCUCUUCGGACUUUCGAACCAUUCCUAAGGGAAUAUGACUCGCUGCUGCGUUAUAUACUUACUGAGGUGCAGCACUUUCAGAACGUAAUAAAAUCACUCAAGAAGGACGCGCUAAUCCUCGUCGCUAGCAAUCGCUGCCUCCACCGAGAUCUGAGACGUCAAGUGGAACAAAAUUUAGCGUCCGAUCCGCCCCAUAGCAAUCAACUUCUAAGAGAUCUUCAGUCUCAUCUGGAUGUUGUUACUGAGGACAAGAAUAUCACAUCCAAAAUGCUCCAAACAGCACUGCAGGAGAUGGACCGCCUUGAAACCCAGCUAGAGGAAAAAAAGGACUGUGUUGAUAGAGAUACCUUUAACCAAUCUAUAGAAAAAGUAAAGGCUGACUAUGAAAAUAGGCAUGAGGAAACUUUUCGUGAGCUAGAGAAAACUAAAAAUGAGCUCUUUGAGACCCAGAAAAGCCUUCACAACACAAAGUUGCGUUUGGCACGCUACAGUGAACCAGUAUGUGUGAUUGAAAACCAGCUCCAGGAGAAGGAAAAGAAACUUGAUGAGGUUCUACUGUGCCUGCAACAAACUCAGGAGAAACUCAUUUUGGCAGAAGAAGAGCGGACUGAUGCGAUUUCAAGGCUUGCAGCAGUUGAAGCUCAGCUGAAUAAAUUUAAUGCAGAAAGCACUAAGCAUUCGCAAGAGUUGAAGUCCUGUCAGAAUCGAAGCAAGGCACUACAAGAACAACUUAGCUCUGCACUGGAACAUGCGCAGGAGAGCGUCAGCAUUGCAGAGCGAGCACUCCUUGAGAAACAAGAAGUGCAGCUGAGGUGUGAGCUGCUGGAAAGCGAAGUAAUAGAGUUGGGAACUUCACUUGAAGCUGUGGUGGAGGAGGCUGCUCAUCAUACAGCAAGUGAGGUGGAGAAAUUUCGUGAAAAAGGAAACCAGCGUAUAAAAGAACUCGUCAAGCAAAUUGGGCAGCUUCAGCAGGCCCUACAGCAGCAGCAGUCACUCACAGCUCACCUGUCUGAAGAGAACAGUAGACUAAGGGAGGAGACAGGAAGGCUUCAGAAACGCCAAGCUGACUUGAAACUCAACCGUGACCCUGCUUUUCAGGCACUUAGCCAGACACUGAUGCAGGCUGAAAGGAUGUGCCAGAAGCAUCGACUUGCUGCCGAAUCACUGCAGGACAAGUUGUUACACCAAGAAAAACAAAGUGCAUUCAAGAUAAAGCAGAGGGAGCUGGAGAUCCAGCGACUUCAGAGUUUACUACAGGAGGCUGAGAGACAUGCUGAUCAGCUGCAGCAGUCAACGGUUGAAACUGAGAACCAAAUGGCAGAGCUCCGCCGAAGAGUACACACUUUAGAAGCAGAGUGCAUUGCACUGCGAAAGAGACAUCCUGCUGAGGUGGCUGCCCUAACAGAGGCACUUGAACAAGAGAAGCUAGUCCAUGGUGCAAAGUUACAACGGAUGGAAGACACUUUCGAAAAAAAGCUAAUGAAUGCACAGGCACUGCUACAAGCACAGCAGGCUGUGAAUGAUAAGUGGAAAACAGAGGCAUCUAGGAUGGCAUCAGAGUUUGAAACGGAGUUAUUGGCUGCCCGAAAAAAGAUAUCUGCACUAAAGAGGGUGAACAUAGACUUGCAAAAGAAAGUAUACCACACAGCAAAAGAAACUCACAAGGACAAAAGAAAAGGACGUGUCUGUCAUCAAAGACAUGAAAGUCAAGUGAAGCAGAGUGCAACAGCACUGCAAGAACGUCACACAUUAUCUGCAUAAAGGAGGCCCAGCAAAGAAUGACUGCCGAUGACUAUAUGCUAUUUAUUCGGUCACACUUGUGACUGCCUCCUCCAAGUGGCACUCCAUGACAGCUGGAAAGCGUGUUCCCACGUCGAGCUUCUCUUUCAAUCCUCGAGGAAGAAGAAGUUGCCACUUUUCUUUUGUUCUGUG